AUGCAGCACCCAAAGUCGUUGGCGCUCUUGGGUGCCGUGUGCUCCUUCACGGUGGCUGCUGCUGGCAGCGUGCCACGUGGAGUUGGCCCCGAGUUCGCCUCCUACUACCAGAAUAACGAUGUAUUUGCCUGCAUCGCCAACCCCUCCAUCAAAAUCAGCCUGGAUCGCGUCAACGACGGCUCAUGCGACUGUCCAGAUGGCUCAGACGAACCCGGCACCGCUGCCUGUGCCUUCAUCGACCAUCUUUCCCCUGAACAGCCCCUGAUUGGCAGCCCAACGGGGACUACAAAUACCACUCAGUCCUUGCCUGGAUUCUGGUGUGCCAACAAGGGCCACCUUCCAGCCUACAUUCCGUUUUCCUACGUCAAUGAUGGCAUCUGUGAUUACGAUGUUUGCUGCGACGGAUCAGACGAGUACAGGCAUGCCAAUGGCGUCAAGUGUGCCGACCGCUGUUCAGAGAUUGGCAAAGAAUACCGAAAGCUCGCUGAGGCGAGAAGGAAAAGCGCGGAAAAGGCCAGUGUUAUAAAGCAGCAAAUGCUCAAAGAGGCAAAGGAGCUCCGUCAGGAGGUCGAGCGUCGCAUUACGAUACUGGAGCAAGACAAAAGGAACAUUGAGGCUAGAAAAGCAGAUCUCGAACAAAAGUACGCCGAAGCCUUGAAGGAAGACAGCAACAGAGUUGUUAAGAAAGAAGGCGCUGGCGGCAAGCUUGGUGUCUUGGUUGGCCUUGCCAAGGACAGGGUCGAGGAGCUCCGAGAGGCUCUCAGACUGGUAACAGAAGACCGCGAAGUCCUGCGUGCCAAGAAGAUUGAGCUCGAGGCCAUUCUCAAGCAGUUCAAAGAAGAUUACAACCCUAACUUCAACGACGAGGGAGUCAAGGCUGCCGUUAGGUCAUGGGAUGAUUACGCGGCCCGUGAAGCUGAAUCUGACCAGGCCGAGUUCCAUGAGUCUGACAUCAACGAAAUUCUUAAGGAGGAUGACGAGAGCAAUGGAGUGAACUGGAAGGCUUUCGAUGAGUUUGGCGAGGACACAGACGUCCUUUACAACUUCGAUGCUUACCUACCUCCAUUUAUCCGCAACGUGCUUCAAGAAAAACUCAAGUCUCUUCGCAAAUGGCUCGUCGAGAAUGGCCUGAUUGCCGCUACUCCCAGCGAUGGAUCAGAGUCAAAAGAAGUCAGGACUGCCCGAGAGUACGCCGAAGCGGCUGACGUAGAUCUCAGAAACAAGAUAAGAGAUCUUGAGGCAGACCAGUCAGAUCUCCAGAAGGACUAUGGCCCAUCCGACAUUUUCCGCGCCAUCAAGGGCAAGUGUGCUGAGAUUGACUCUGGCGAAUACACUUAUGAAAUCUGCUGGCUUGAUAAGACAAUGCAGAAAUCCAAAAAGGGCCACGGUUCCACCAACAUGGGCAACUUUGAUAGAAUCGAUAUUGAAAUGGCAGACGAUGACGAGAGGGUGGAUGGUAAGAGCCUUGGCAGUGGACCUAGGAUGGUGAUGCGGUACAACAACGGCCAGACAUGCUGGAACGGCCCCCAAAGACGAACCGACGUCUGGCUCGGAUGCGCGGAGAAGGAGGAGGUCUGGAGAGUAACUGAGGCCGAGAAGUGUGUCUACAAGAUGGAGGUAGGAACACCAGCCGCUUUGGAGCAGAACGCCGGCUCGGCCACUUACACACCGUUCUUGCUACGACUCUACGAUUUCUGGGUUCUCGGAGUAUCAAACCACUUUGCCUGGCAAUGCUCAACAACAAAAAUCCAGCUUCCCCUCUUCAAAGCUACAAUAGGAACAAAACAUCUCGACGUGGGCGUCGGCACGGGUUACUAUCCCGCCAAAACCGUCGAGACUUCAACCCCGUGCAAAGAGAUUACCCUCGUCGACCUCAACCCCAACACGCUCAACCAAGCCGCCGCUCGCAUCAACGAAGCACAAAGUAGCAUCAAGGUAAACACCGUCGUCGCCAACAUCUACGAGCCGCUACCCCUCCCCGCCGGCGAAAAGUUCGACUCCAUCAGCACCUUUUACCUGCUCCACUGCCUCGCGGGCCCCCCUGAGAGCAAGACAAAAGUGUUUGACGUGUUGAAAACCUACGUUGCCGACGACGGCGUCUUCGUGGGCACGACAAUCCUCGGCGAAGAGAGGCCGAUGAAUUUCUUCGCCUCGCGGCUCAUGAAGAUCUACAACGAAAAGGGCAUCUUUGAUAACUGGCAGGACAGCAAGGCCGUGUUUGAGGAGGGCCUGCGGCGGAACUUUGACGAGGUUGAUAUUCAGAUUAUUGGGAGGAGCAUGGUCUGGACGGCGAGGAGGCCCAAGAAGGAAGCAUAA